AUGAAUGAAAUGAAAGUUUCAUAUUUAAACUAUCCUAUAUACGGUAUAGGAUCAAAUAAAGAUUAUGUAGUAACAUCUGGUGGUGGAGGUGGGAAGAAUUAUGGCAUUGAAGAUAUGUUAGAUAUUAAUAUAUUUAAUGAGAAAGAAAAAAAGUUAGAAGUAGUAUGGUCCACAACUGAACAGAGAGGUGUUGUUGAUUCUAUAAUUUAUGUAGAAAAAUAUAAUAUAUGGUUAGGUUCUGUAAAAAAUGAAUGUAUUUUAUUUGAAAUAAAUGAAGAAACAGGUCCUAAUAUUUUAUUAACUUUUGUUACUGACUUCAAUGAAAAAAAUGCAAGGCAGGUUGUUGUAAAGUUUUCUAGCAAAGAUGAUUUAAUAUUAACAGGAGGAGAAGAUAAGACAUUAAGGUUGUGGAAAUUGAAUUUUGUAAAAAGGGAGAAUGAAAAUAAAGUUGACAUGAAAGGUGACCUUAAGGGUGAUAACAAAAACAAUAGUGAUAACAAAAACGAUAGUGAUAACAAAAACAAUAGUGAUAACAAAAACGAUAGUGAUAACAAAAACAAUAGUGAUAACAAAAACAAUAGUGAUAACAAAAACGAUAGUGAUAAAAAAAACAAUAGUGAUAACAAAAACAAUAGUGAUAACAAAAACAAUAGUGAUAACAAAACACAUGAUGAUAAUUACAUUACAGUUAAUAAUAAUUUAUAUCUUGAUAAGAAUAAAUCUGUAGAACAUUUAGGUGAUUUCGUAGGUCAUGAUGAUAGUAUAAAAGAUUGUGAUAUAUCUUUUGAUGAAAAAAUUAUAUGUACGUGUUCAUCUGAUCAUUCUUUAAAAAUAUGGGAUACAAAUAGCUUUGUAAAUUUACACACAGAACAAAUGAAAAGUCCUCAAAAUAAAAAUGAUAAAUUAAAUUUCCGAUGUUGUAAAUUUUUGAACCAUUCUAAUAGUUUUAAAGAUUUUACAUAUACCUUAUUAACAACUGCAUAUACACCUAGAGGAUCUAGUUAUUUAAUAAUAUGGAAAGUAUAUUAUAAUGAUAAAAAAGAAAAGUUUACUUUUACAAAAGAUAAAUUUAUAUGGAUUAAUGAUAGACCAUGUUGUAAUAUUGCUGUUAGUAUGAAUCAAAAAUUUAUAGCUUUAGGAUUUAGUACAGGAGCUUUAAAAAUAUAUAAUUCGAAAUUUUAUCUUUUAGCUCAUUAUAAGAAACAUGAAUUACCCAUCACAGCAAUGUGUUUUAUUAAAAAUGAUAAUUAUCUUUUAUCAGCUGGAGCAGAUUAUACAAUUAGUUCUUUACAUAUUAAUUCUUUUAUGUUUAGAUAUUUAAGAAAAUUUGGAAGAUUCAUAAUAUAUUUCUUAUUAUUAUUUUUUAUAUCAAUUAUUUUAUUAGAUUCAUUUAAUGUAGGAUAUGAUCUGCGCAUAUCGUCAUUAUUUCAAAAUAAAGCAUACACUAAUAUGACAAAAAAAAAAAGAAAUUAUAACGUAGAUCCAAAGACAAAAAAAGUUGUCAUGGACAUGGACGAGUUAUAA